AUGGUGCACGCGCCGGGGGACGCCGGCUGCUGGCUCCUGCUCGGGCUCGCCCUGCUCCCCGCCGCGCUGGGCUCGCCGGACGGCGCGAAGGCGAUCCGCAUCCGCAAGGUGCAGCACCAGGCGGUGCGCGCGGGGCUGGGGGAGCCCGUGGCGCUGCCCUGCCUCUUCCUGCUCCAGCCCUCGGCCGCGCCGGGGCCCGGCGAGCCCCCCGACCCGCCGCGCGUCAAAUGGAGCAAGGUGCGCUCGGCCGCCGGGCGGCGGGACGACGCGCCCGUCCUCGUGGCCAGGGACAACGCCGUGAGGGUGGGCAAGGCCUACGAGGGCCGCGUCUCGCUGCCCGGCUACGCCCGCGACCGCUCCAACGCCACGCUGCUGCUGAGCGCCGCGCGGGCCAGCGACGCGGGGCUCUACCGCUGCGAGGUGGUGGCCGGCGUCGACGAUGAGCAGGACCUGCUGCCGCUGGAGGUGACGGGCGUCGUCUUCCACUACCGCCCCGGCGGCGAGCGCUACGCGCUGACCUUCGCCGCCGCCCAGCGCGCCUGCCUCGACAACUCGGCCGUCAUCGCCUCGCCGCGGCACCUGCAGGCCGCCUUCGAGGACGGCUACGACAACUGCGACGCCGGCUGGCUGGCCGACCGCACCGUGCGGUACCCCAUCACGCAGUCCCGGCCCGGCUGCUACGGAGACCGCGACAGCCUCCCCGGCGUGCGCAGCUACGGGCGCAGGGAGCCCGCCGAGCGCUACGACGUCUACUGCUACGCCAGCGAGCUGCAAGGGACGGUGUUUCACGCCGCGGCGCCGGGGCGGUUCACGUGGCAGGACGCCCGGCGGCACUGCCGCGGCCGCGGCGGCGCCUCGCUGGCCACCGCGGGCCAGCUGCACCUGGCGUGGCGCGCCGGCCUGGACCGCUGCGACCCGGGCUGGCUGGCCGACGGCAGCGUCCGCUACCCCAUCCGCGUGCCGCGGCGCAAGUGCGGCGGCGAGGCGGCGGGCGUGCGCACCGUCUACCGCUUCGCCAACCGCACCGGCUUCCCCCUGCCCGCCUCCAGGUUCGACGCCUACUGCUACAAAGCUCCGGCCGAGCCCUGCGAGAACAACCCCUGCCUGCACGGUGGGACCUGCCGGGCCAACGGCACCGUCUGCAGCUGCAGCUGCGCCCCGGGCUUCACCGGCGAGAACUGCGAGGUCGACAUCGACGACUGCCUGUCGAGCCCGUGCCAGAACGGGGGCACCUGCAUCGACGAGAUCAACGCCUUCGUCUGCCUCUGCCUGCCCAGCUACGGCGGCAGCCGCUGCGAGAAAGACACGGAGGGCUGCGACCGCAACUGGCACAAGUUCCAGGGCCACUGCUACCGCUACUUCGCCCACCGGCGCUCCUGGGAGGACGCCGAGCGCGACUGCCGCCGCCGCGCCGGGCACCUCACCAGCAUCCACUCCCGCGAGGAGCACGGCUUCAUCAGCGGCUUUGGGCAUGAAAACACCUGGAUUGGGCUCAACGACAGGAUCGUGGAGCAGGACUUCCAGUGGACCGACAACACCGUCUUGCAAUACGAGAACUGGCAGGAGAACCAGCCCGACAACUUCUUUGCCGGCGGCGAGGACUGCGUGGUGCUGGUGUCCCGCGAGAUCGGCAAGUGGAACGACGUGCCCUGCAACUACAACCUGCCCUACAUCUGCAAGAAAGGCACAGUGCUGUGCGGGCCGCCGCCGGAGGUGGAGCACGCCGUCCCCGUGGGCAGGCGGAGGGAGCGGUACAGCGUCCACGCCAGCGUGCGCUACCAGUGCCAGGAGGGCUUCGCCCAGCGGCACGUGCCCACCGUCCGCUGCCGCAGCAACGGCGAGUGGGACCGGCCCCAAAUCCUCUGCACGAAGCCCAGGCGGUCCCACCGGGCCCGGCGCCACCGCCGCCACCGCCACAACCACCCCCACCACCAGCACCACCACCACCACCAGCCCCGCAAGGAGCGGCGAAAACGCCGCCAGCGCCUCCGGCUGCGCUGGAUGGAGGAAGGCCACUACUUCUAG